AUGCACUACUCCAUCCUCCUGCCCAUCUGCGGCGCCGCCGCGUUCAUCCUAUACACCAUCGUGAACUCGAUAGUCACGAAACGGCAGUACGCUGCCAAGGCCAAAGAACUAGGAUGUCAAGAUCCACCAAUGUAUCCAGGUCUCGGUUUCCUGGGUCUGAAAGGCGUGGGAGAGAUGCAAGCAGCAGACAAGAAGCAAAUGUUUCCCGACCUCUUGGUCAAGAGACAAAAUGACAUGAACAAGCUCACGGGCCGCGUGUGUGAAACUUUCAUGAACCACUUUAUCGGUCAGCAAUUGAUCUUCACAUCCGACCCGAAGAAUAUUCAGGCACUGCUUGCCACUCAGUUUCAGGACUACGACCUUGGACCUGCUAGACGCGGUAACAUGAAAGCGACGCUCGGCGAUGGUAUCUUCGUGCAAGACGGGAAGCCAUGGGAGCACUCGAGAGCACUUCUGCGACCAAACUUCGUGCGCGAGCAAGUCUCGGAUCUCGAACUUGAGGAACGGCAUGUACAGGAUCUGAUGACCGUCCUGCCUGUGCAAAGCGAUGGCUGGACAGCGGAGACCGACAUCCAGACGCUCUUCUUCCGUCUGACCAUCGACUCGGCCACCGAGUUCUUGUUCGGCGAGAGCGUGGGCAGCCAACUCGCCGAAAGCAAGGUCGCCUCCGGAGGCAAGAAGAACGAACUGGAUUUCAGCCGACACUUCGACAGCGCACAAAUGCAUCUUGCUAAACGCUUCCGACUCGCGGAUCUAUACUGGUUGCAUAACCCCAAAGACUUCAAGGAAAGCAAUAAGAUAAUCAAUGAGUUCCUUAAACACUACGUCGACCUUGCUUUGUCCAAGGGUAGCUCGGAGAAGAAGAGCGAGGAGGGUCAUGCGAAAUAUGUUUUGCUUGAUGAGCUCGCGAAGCAGACUCAAGAUCCGGAAGAGCUGCGAGGACAGCUUCUCAAUAUUUUGCUUGCGGGUAGAGAUACCACGGCCUCGCUACUCUCCUGGUUGUUCAAGAUGCUGCUCCGCCAGCCUGCUGUUUUCGAGAAGUUGCGCUCGAACAUUAUCGAGACCUUCGGCACUUAUGAGGACCCUGCUGAGAUCACCUUCGCAACGCUGAAAGGCUGUCAAUACCUCCAGUACUGUCUCAAUGAGACUUUGCGUCUCUGGACAGUGGUGCCUGGUAAUGCCCGCCGCAGCAACAAGGCGACUACCCUUCCACGCGGCGGAGGACCAGACGGCCAAAGCCCGAUUUUCGUCCCACCACAGACAGAAGUCAACUACAGCAUUCAUGUAAUGCACCGACGGAAGGAUCUGUGGGGCGAGGAUGCCGAAGAGUUCAGGCCAGAAAGGUUUGUAGGCAGGAGACCUGGAUGGGAGUACUUGCCAUUCAAUGGUGGUCCUCGAAUCUGUAUUGGGCAGCAAUUCGCGCUUACCGAAGCUUCGUACGUUGUCGUGCGGCUGCUGCAGCGCUUCGAUGCUAUCAAGCCUGGUGUCAAUGAGAUUGAGGAUGGCCCUCUCACCUCGUUCCUCACGCUUACGAGUUUGCCGGGGAAGAAAGUGACUUUAGAAUUGCAUGAGGCGAAGCGAUGA